AUGACAUCCCCCGUCAAGAAGCCUCCGUCAACGGCCAAAUCCAAAUCAAAAAAGUCCGCCCUGCAGCAACGCGCCAAACUCCUGCAAGAGGCAUUGAACCUCCCUCAACCUCCAACAAUGGACCCCCAAGCAAAGCGCAACAUCGUCAUUGUCGGUGGCGGCAUCAUCGGUUCCACAACAGCCUACUUCCUCACCCGCCACCCGAAAUACAACCCCGCCCUCCACCGCAUCACCGUCCUCGAGGCGUCCUCCGUCGCCGCCGGCGCCUCGGGCAAGGCAGGCGGCCUGCUCGCCCUCUGGGCUUACCCCUCCUGCCUCGUGCCGUUGUCCUACCGCCUCCACAAGGAGCUCGCUGAGGAGCACGGCGGUGAGAAGCGAUGGGGCUACCGCCGCGUGCAGUGCGGCAGCUUCGAGGCGCGCAUAUCCAAGACGAAGCUCGAAAAGAUCAGACAAGCGACCGCCGCCCUCAAGCCAGGUGUCAUCGCACCGGGCGCAAAUGACGAAGCGCAGGAGAAGGACUGGGAGAAGCUGCCCAAGCAGGACGAGAAGGCCGAGGCGCUGCUCGAGGAGUCGGUGCUCCCCCGCGACCUGGACUGGAUCGACCGCGGGGCUGUGACGUCGUACGCAGAGAUGGGCUCCCCCGGCGCCACGGAGACGGCGCAGGUGCACCCCUUCCACUUCACGACCUCCAUCGCGGCGCUGGCGCAGGAAAAGGGCGUCGAGGUGCGGACUAUGGCGCAGAUGAAGAAGAUCCAUUCUUCGAACAGUGUUGGUUUGCACAGCGUGGAGUACCUCGACCGCGAGUCCGGCGAAACCAAGACGAUUGAGGAUGUCACAGACGUAGUUGUCUCCGCGGGGCCGUGGACGGGGCGGCUGGUCCCCGGAUGCAAGGUCACGGGGCUGCGAGCGCACAGCGUAGUCUACAACGCCGACGUCAGCCCGUACGCCGUGUUCACGAGCAUCGAGCUUCCCGCGGAUUUCGUGCCGGAGCACCGGGCGAGCAAGGGCCAGAAGAGGAGGCACAAGAGGGUUGUCGACCCGGAGAUCUACGCGCGACCCUUUGGUGAACCGGACAAGAACGUCCCGCUCCCAGAUACCGCGGACAAAGUCCAGGUCGACGAGGCCAACUGCGACGACAUCAUAUCCUACAUCGCCACCUUCAGCCCCGCGCUGGGCGCCGCCCCGAUCAAGGCCAAGCAGGCGUGCUACCUGCCUCAAGUCGAUUAUGGACCGCUUGUAGGCCCGACGUCGGUCCCCGGGAUAUGGGUCGCGUCUGGACACACCUGCUGGGGAAUACAGAACGGGCCUGCGACGGGCAAACUGAUGUCGGAGUACAUACUGGACGGCAAGGCGACCAGCUCCGACAUUUCCACCCUAGACCCCAGGAAAUACAAAUGUUAG